UUCAUUUUCCUGCCAUCCGAGUUUCGUGAUUCUUUCCUCUGAGUAACUUUUCUUUAAGUUUCAAAGUAUGGCACGACAAAUACCUCUAACAUGUAGCGGACAUACAAGACCGGUGGUUCAUCUAUCUUUCUCAGAUAUAACUCCUUAUGGGUACUUUCUUAUAAGCGCGUGUAAAGAUGGAAAGCCUAUGUUACGACAUGGUGACACAGGAGACUGGAUUGGUACUUUUGAAGGUCAUAAAGGAGCAGUAUGGAGUGCUACCUUAAAUAAAGAUGUCACCAAGGCAGCUACUGGGGCUGCUGACUUCACAGCUAAAGUAUGGGAUGCUGUAAGUGGAGAGGAAGUUAGAAGUCUACCUCAUAAACAUAUUGUAAAGGUUGUGGAUUUUUCUCCAGAUGGUGAUAGACUCCUUACAGCCAGUAAUGAAAUGCUUAUGAGAGUAUUUGAUCUUCAAGAUGAAAGUGCUGAACCAGACUUAUUACAAGGUUAUAAAGAAAAUAUAAGGGCCGCACUGUGGAGUGAAGAUGGCAAGUAUAUUAUGAGUGGAGGAGAAGACAAAGCAAUAAGGCUUUGGGAUACAAGAAAUAUGACUGAGGUAAAGAAAGUAGAUAUACCACAGAGUGUAACAAGCAUGGUUCUGUCCAAGGAUGGCAGUGUACUUGUUGUCACAUAUGAUAGAACCAUCUCUUUUUGGAAUCCAGAAAGAAUGGAAGUGAUCAAGUCCUUUGUUGCUCCGACACCAAUAUUUUCAGCUUCACUCCACCCUAGCAAGUCUUGUUUUGUAGCUGGAGGAGAUGACUUUAAGCUCUAUAAGUUUGAUUAUGAGGAUGGAAAGGAAAUAGAAUCAUUUAAAGGGCACUUUGGUCCUGUGCACUGUGUGAGAUAUUCCCCUGAUGGUGAGCUGUAUGCAUCUGGGUCUGAAGAUGGAACACUGCGACUUUGGCAGCACACUGUGGGCAAGACCUAUGGGUUGUGGCGAGCUGUUAACAAUCAUGGUGUCUCUACUGAAACCUGAUAAAAAUAAGCCAGUCAUUGUAUUAAGUUAAAGGGUCUGUUCAGAGGUGUAAAAUCAGCUGCAAGAAAUAAGGAAAAUGUUGGUUCCAGCUUUCUGAAACAUGCGAUUCUUUUUUCUAUCUCACUGUAUAUAUUGUUAUUAAAAAAAAACCACUAUCACUGGAAGUGUAAUUAUAACAUUGUAUAAUAUUAUGUACUUUGUUAGAUAUAAGUGUAUGAGCCCUUCUGAAAAAUUCCAUUAUAUUUAUAGCCAAACUCAUUUAUCAAUUGUCAAAUAUCAAAGACUAUCAAUAGCUUUCUGCACUUCAAUUUUAGUUCCAAAAAGUAUAGUGUCUUGGGCUGGUUUUAAUUUCUAAUGCAAGUGUGAGGAUGCAAUGCAGCAUACCAAAAUUCAUCACUAGGGUGCUGUUUUUGUAAGAGAAGAACAAAUGCCCACUAAAUAUCAAUUAUCAAGCACAAGUUCCUCUUCUCCUUUUUUUAAAGUUAUCUCUGCAGUUGAGAUGAGACAGGCAAUUUGAACAGAAGAAUCUUAUCAGUAAUGGUAUUUUCAGAAUUGUCUCUUGCAUGUUUCCUCAAACCAUUGUUGGGUGUUCUAAACAUUUAUAUUUAAUUUUUGUUGUUGGGAAAAUCUUGUGUUUAAUAUUAACUCUUAUUUGAAUAUUAGAUACUUGGAACCAACUAGUGUUUUUUUGGAGGUAUGGUGUUGAUGAGAGACUUAGAGAAUUUAUUUACAUGACCAGUCCUGGUUCUCCUUCCCUUUUAGCGCUGUGUUGGUUUCAUACUGCAUUUUGUACAUUGUAAUUCAAAACAGAUCUUUUUUGUCACAACCACUAAUUAUUUCAUGUUUAACAUGGUUCCCUAGAUGUAUUUCUGUGAUAUUUUCCACAAUGAAGUGAUAGUAUGAUCCUAAAGAUGUCGUGUGCAAUGACAACCACUUGGGGGG